UUUAGACAAAAGAUGGCCCUAAACCUUGCUGGAGAUGGGAUUAUUGACAACCUCUACCAUUAUCUAUGGGCGAAGGAUGCCCUUUUUAAUUCAGGCCCUUACAUUCUUCUGCCUGAUACGAUAAUUUAUAAGUACGGAGACCCUUCUUUCUGGUACUUCACUUCAAAAGACGGAACAAUUUUGAGGAAAUCCAAAAAGAACGUUAAAACCAAAGAGAUCGAGAAAUCUUUCCUCAGAGGAUGAAAAUAAAGGGGAGAUCGUGGCAGUUUUGUAUACAAACAAGUAAAUAGAAGUGUUAAGAACACUAAGAAGAAUAAUUCAUUUCAUGAGACUAUUCCAAGCAAAAAUUCAGACAAAACAGAUGAAGCUAGUGACAAGUCAGACUAUUAUAAUCACUCUGAUGGUUAUAAUGACAAUAGUUUUUAAUUAUAAUGGAGACUCUCAAGAAGAAGUCAAAGUCAGCCAAUGUUUUGAGUUUUUCGAUCGUGAAGAAUUUAAAGAGUUUUUGUAUAACAGGAAAAAUAUUGAAGGCGUCCUUCAAAAAUUUGUUUCACCUAAAGGAGAACAAAAAUCAACAUUAAGUAUUAUAUGGAGCAAUAAGCUGUGAUUCUUUGAAAGAAGAGCUAUUAAUUAUGAUGGAGAGAAAUACCAUUCCCAGAUUUUGCCUAUUAGGGGAACAACCCUCCCUCAUAGAAUGCAGAGUAUUGCUAAUAGCAUCAGAUAUCAUAUUUCUAAUAUCACCUUUGAAAAAAUGCAUAUUUCUAGAAUGGUACUCCAUUUCAGACUUGACAAAACUGACAAACUUUGGUUGCUAUACUGAUCCUCAUUAAGACUUGCUAACAAUGAAGAUUCAGAGGUAUCAUCAGUAUCAACAUUUAAAGGUAAUGAAGGAGGAUAUGAUGAUACAAAAAUGAAUGCUAUUCCCCUUCAAAUUACCUCAGAUUCUGACCCUAAAACUCGUAUUUUCAAAACAAAUCAUAAUUUCUCACAAAAAUUCCAAAAAUACGAAUAUGCAAAAUGCUUACACUGUGACACCGAGCAGGAGAGUAACAGUUUCUACAAGAUCAGCUACAAAUUAAUAACAAAAGGUCAUCUUGCUUCCAAGUCCAAAGAUAAGAAGUCUAAAGAGAAGAAAGAGCAUGAGAGUACUGAAGUAGACUUGCCUAAAAUUAUCAAGACUCUCCAUCCAGACUAUAAAGUCAACACUUGUCGAGAGCUUCUAGAUGACCUUGAUAUGGCAAAUAAGGAAACUUACAUAUGAGAGAAUUGUUACCUACAGGUUACUGAGUUCAUGCUCAAUCUUGAAAACGUCUUUUCUGACGAACAGAAACAAGAGGAUAGUACUAAUAAGAAGAAAAAGUCUGAAAUACAUACCUCUUUGAGCAGUGGCAGUGUAUCAAAAUCGAGCAACACUGAUAAGCCUCCUUUGAGGAAUACUAAACAAUCUUUAUUUAGAAUAAAGACAAAGAAGAAGCUCAAAGUUGCAAAGAAAUCUCAGAAAAUAGAUUUUAACUUGGGACAAAAUAAAAUAUCCGAGUCUCAGUCAUACUCUUCUGUGAGUAUAACUGAAAGUCCUAAAGAGAAGGAGAACAAGAUGUUUGGAAGCCUGAAAGCACGCCCACGAAGUAGUUCUCAAAGACCUCGAACAGAUCUUCAAUCUUCUGAGAGUUUACAUGAAUCUAACGGUGAAAAAGAAGAGCCAAAGCUACCUCCUAUAAGAUCUAGACACAAUCAAUCUUUUACUAGAGAUGGACGUAAAUAUUUUGACAGACGAGGUAGUGCAACUCCAAACUCACACUUUCGAAGUAGCUCACAGAAGAAGAUACAGGAAAAUCCUCCACAACCUAAGAGAAGAAUAAUUCAAAAAUAAGGAUGAUCGUGACCAAUCAAUGAUCAAUAAAUUGACUCAAAAUAACAACAAUUUUAAAGUGUUCCCAAAGAGAAUGACUAAAGAGCAGAAAGGAAAGAAGAAGAAAAAGACUCCAUUGGUGCAUAACCCUGCAUUUGGCAAACUCAAUUUUAUUCUGUCAAAGAAUAUUUAUGACCCUGUCGGAGAAAAUACAAAAUAAUCAUACUAAUAACACUCUCCACCAGCCAGAAGCUAGCCUAUCUCUAAUUAAAACUAUAAAACCUUACAUCCCCAUUUUAGCCUUAACCAAAAGGACUCGAACCUCUAAAAUCUCAUUUUUCCUACUUCAAGCUUCAAUCCUCAAAAAUCUCUUUUUGCUCUAUUAAAAUUCCUUCUUGAUCAACCCAGCAGAGGUUUCCAACUCCCAAGUUGGCACACAAACUUGAAGGGCUUUGAGAUUUUAAGAAAUGGGAAUUUGUAAGUAGGGUUUCUUGAGUGCAGUUACUCCAUAUUGUGACUAUAUCUGACUGAUAACAUAGUCAUAACUUGAUGCAUUUUUAUAUGAAGCACCUAUAGUUUUAAAUUAGAGUAAAUAAAUGAUUGACCGUAUCAAGCUGAUGUGAUUAUUUCGUCCUGAUUCAUUUAUAUACCAAGUAAACAGUCUAUUGUUUCUAACAAACUCUUCAAUUCUUAAUAAAUCAAAUUACAUGAAGAUUCUAAAUUAGCUAAUACUUAGAAUGAGGUGAAAUAUACACAUACAUUAACACAAUCAAACAAACUUUUCUGUAAUCUGAGUC